AUGUCGGCAAACGCAUUGGCCAAAGCUCUUCCGAAGGCCCUCAAGGAGGUGCGUCUGCACCUCUGCCAGACCGGCCAGGCCUCGGCUGGAGCAAGAAAGUUCCUCGAAACCAACUACAAGCCUAUCAAGCAGUCCAACCCCGACCUGCCCUUCCUUGUGCGAGAGGCUAGCGGAACCCCAGCACGUGCCUUUGCGCGUUUCGAGCGUGGUGUUGAGAAGCACGUCGAGCUUGACGGCCUCAGCUCGGCUGACGUCGAGAAGAAGAUUGGCGAACUGCUCGCUGCAUCGGCAUAG